AUGAGUUUCCAGCUCUUCUCCCAGUCGCCUAUUGUUUCUUUUCUUUAUUUCCUUUUGGUUGUUUCUGUCAAUAUUCAGUUCUCUUUGGGCAAUGCUGAAAUGCUCGAAGCUUGUAAGACUCCAUUCGGGUGUGGGUACAUCACAGCCGGUUAUCCUUUCUGGGGAGAUGGUCUUCCAGAUUAUUGUCGUCCGAUUCCUGGCUUCAAACUGAAUUGUGAGAAUGAAAAGACUACCUUGAUGAUCGAUGAAGUAAAGUAUGUUGUUCUCAGUAUCAACGAGACAUCGCAAGUUCUCAAUAUUGCAAACAAAAAUAUCCACGACAAUGGAAUCUGUCAUUCCAAUAUAUCUAAUUUACCCAAUACCAGUUUUUCUGAACAUUUCGAAAUUGUGAAGGGGUAUAAGAUGCUGACAUUACGCUGUGGUUUUAAAAAUGGUGAAGGAGAGUUUACUUGUUCUUCUGAAGCCAUCAUCGACAAAGAUCAUGACACAAUAACAAUAGGAGGCCUUGGUCUGCCCCAUUAUGUUAGUGUGAAUUUUACACUUCCAGCAGAAUUUUCAGUUGGGGCGUUUGGAAAAAGCAUAUUAGAUCUGGAAGAAGCGCUGAAACAUGGAUUUGAGGUGAAAUGGAAGGUGAAUGAUUCGGUAUUCUGUGAUAAAUGUUUAAAAUCCAGUGGAAAAUGCAGUUAUUCUUUGUUUCCGCAUCCAAGUUGCUACUGCUUAGACCAACCUUUCGACCCCAACACUGAACCACCAUGUUCAACCGCACCCGCAGGAGCACCACCAGGAGAUCAUCCAGCAGAAGGUCAGUAUCUCAAAUUUAUAGCCACUGCUAAGUACUAUACUAAAAUGACUUCUCAGUUUACACAUAUUAACCGGUAG